AUGGGCGGACAUGAUAUUAAGAUGAAAUCACCGAAAGACCCCACCCCCUAUCUCACAGCCCUCCAACGCGAUGGCUUCGUCGUUAUCCCGAAUUUUCUCCCACCCUCCCAGCUCCAAGCACUGCGCACCGCCGCUUCACACGCCUGCGACCUCGGCCGCACCGGCAAAUGGCCACACAUCCGCACAGUCCCAAAGCAAUUCCCACCAUGGCCCUCCACACCCCCGCCCGCUGAGGAGGGCGGAAUCUGGGGCGUACAGCACCUCAUGCAUCCCGAUAUGCCCGGCCGCGACGAAUUCGCCAAGCUCUACUUCUCCCCGCGUGUGCUCGAGGUCGUAGAGGAGCUGGUCGGCGUGAAGAAGUCGGAGACGAGAGAGCAGGAACCGCUGACCAUGGAGCUCCUCAAUCUGCUCGUGGCGCCCACAUACGUCCCAUUCGCGCUGCGUUGGCACCGCGACGACAUCCCCACCCCGCCCACGCUCAGCGCGGAAGACGAGCUGGCGGCCCUGAAGCUGAAGUCCCCGCCGGACCGCCCGCAGUCGCACGCCCAGUACAAUAUCCCGCUCUAUGACGAUGAGUCACUAAUUGUUGUGCCGGGGUCGCAUCGGCGGGCACGCACGCAGGCCGAGCGCGAGGCGGACCCCUAUGAAAAUAAUCUUCCUGGUCAAAUGGUUGUGAAGCUGCGUGCGGGUGAUGCGGUUUUCUACGAUAGCAAUAUUUGGCAUAGAGGCGUGUAUGAUGCGAUGGAUCCGGAGGCAAAAGGCGAGGAUGGCCUGCCAAAAGGGUUGAGGUUGACGGUGCAUGGAAGCGUGGGGUUAGCUGUUGAUAACAGUGAUGCUGCUGGAGGGGAAACGGAUAAGGCGCCGAAGACGAAUGUCAGAGCCCUGACUGUGUUACAGCAUGGGGUUGGGUUUUGGGUUAACAGGGAGGAUGCACAUUUUAAUGGGUUGGAAAGGGAGGUGAAGGAGAGGGCAGAGAGAAUGCGAAAGAGGCUUAUUGAAAUGGGAAGUGGGGAGGGCCUUUGGGUAUGCUCUUGA